CGAUGGCUAAUACUAAACUGAAGGUUAAUGGUCGAAGGCCUGACUCUGUGACUCUUGAAUGAUUAAAUGUAUUUGGAAUCAGGAUCAUGUACACCAGAGCUGUAAUGAUGAGCCAAAAGGUGUCGUUAACGGUAUAGCUGUCUGCCUUGUAGGGUCGAGCUAAUGCCACAAGCACAGUGAAAACGGUCAAGACAACAGUUGUGUAGGCAUAGCUGUUUAUCUGGUAAGCCAGCACAAUGGAAGCAUACACCAGGCCUCUGAGGAGGAGGUAGAAUGCUGAGAAAUAGCGGAAAUCGCGAGUGCCGUUUGUACCAUUCUUGAAGUGUCCCUGGAAGGUGUCCAUGAAGAUGUGUAGGAACUGGCAGCUGAGGCCUGUGCGGUUGAGACAGACCUGGAAACAGGAGAAGGGGUAGAGGAACAGGAGGGCCAUCGGGAGAAGUGUGAAGGUGAGGAGAAAGAAGAGGGCCAGACAGGCAUAGGGCAGGUGCUGGCUGCUAAAGUAGGCCACGUCUCCCUGGUUGAAGAGAUAGAGCUGAGGCAGUUGUUGUCCAUUUUGACGGUACAGAGCUACAGGCAAAAGGAGGUCCACGGACACACUGAGGAUCCUGACGUAGGAGAGGAGAAGGAAAGUGGCAAAGGCGUCCACUAGUGAGUUACGGAUGUUCCACUGUCUGCGAAAUCUGAUGGAGAGAGACACCAAAGGUUUACAAAGCCAGACAACAAGACGAGCAUUCCGAUCAUAACGCAGAACAAGGAAGUAGGAGAGCCCAAUGAGUAGAAGAGGGUAGACUGCAGGUAUAUAGUCCAUUGCCAAGACAUCCAGAUUAGUUGUGCGUGGAUGGAGGCAAAACGGAGUGUAAAAUAAACGGAAAAAGUCCAAGUUCCACAUGUCUGGAAAUGAUAGGAGAGCCUGCGUAAGGUGUUUCUGUGUUGGUGUAAAUUUUGACUUGACUGGAAGUACAGUUCCAAAAGCCCUCAUGUUAGAAGAAUAAGUCACUAUCUGAGAAAAGAGGAUGAACCCAUGCAGUUUUGGGGAAGUGGCACUGAUUCUGAAGGUGACGACAAAGACAAAGAAGGCAGCAGAUGUUGAUAGACCAAUACAACUCCAGUGACGAUAUCUUGGUUUUUCUCCUCUCUACUAAAGCUGGUGGUCUGGGUAUCAACCUGACCUCUGCCAGUGUGGUGGUCCUCCACGACAUUGACUUCAAUCCCUACAAUGACAAACAGGCAGAGGAUCGCUGCCACAGAGUCGGCCAGACCAGAGAGGUUGAGGUGGUGAGACUGGUGGGGAGAGACACGGUGGAGGAGGAUAUUCUGAGAUGUGCACAACAAAAACUGAAACUGGAGCAAGACAUGACAGCUGGAAGUCAGUUGAAUAAGACGGACAUGGCCUCUCUCCUCGGUCAAGGACUCAAACUGUAGCUCACUCUCACAACUCAUCAAUCAUUAGCAAAACUGUUACUGCAUUAUUUAUUGCGUAUAAUAAUCAUCAUAAGUUUGGCCACAACGUUAAAUG